UCAGUGCGGCGGUCAUCAAGGUUCCAUGCUGACGGUACUGUGCACGGAUAAGAGUUUUGGAAAAAUAUUGUGGCAUUUAUCUCGGAAAAAUGCUAAAACGUCACGCCAAACCUAUAUAUAUUUAUUUAUAAGACUUCCUUGUUGGUAUGGUUAAGAUUUCAAUGGUUGUUACGCUUCAAACUGGCAGAUAUAUGCUAAAAUGUGACAGUGCUUGGCUUUGUUGAGUGAGGUCUGCUCUGGUGUUUAUUUCGAAGAUGUCGAAACGAAGACACGAAAAUAGCUCAAUUUCGCUUGGACUAUUGGGUUUCAAAUGCUUACUUUCAAUGAAAUAGUAUAGGGAAGGGUAAAAACGGCUAUGGAGUCCUCAGAUGGGUUUGAAAAGGAUCGUGAUGGCUCCUUCAGCGAAGACAGGACCGCUCUUCGAACAUAUCUUGAGAAGGAAUCUUUGGACCAUUUAGAUGAAAUCUUCCCCAGCUACAUCUCCUUGGACUACUUCAAAACUUUGACAGACGAUGACCUAKAGCAUGACUUUCAAAUCAAAGAUUCUAAACUCCGUCUUGAAAUUAUGAAAGCCGUGAUAAAGUGUCGAGAAGAUGAUAACUCUGACAACGAAGACCAUGAGUCUGACAUUGAACUUGGGCUUCAAUUGAGUGCUGGGUCUCAAUCUGAUGUUUUUGUCUCAUCUACUCUACCAAAGGACUUCCGAUUCAGGCAGAAUAGGCUUUCCGAUGAUUUUGGAGGACGAUUUCGAGAUGGAGGGUACCAUCAACAUUCACGUUACGAGGAGACAUCAAAUCUAGUGCGGAUGAGAGCAAAUCCAUCACUUGGCAACUCGGAACCCAACUUGUCAGGAAGCUGUGGAGACCUCAGUAGGAGAUUAAGUACUUGUAACAUUGGCGGACGAAAACAGACAAAAAGUUUUAUAGGAACUGAAAGUACAACCUCAGCUUUUCAACCCCCACCUCCUAGUAACAAUGGCAACCAUUUUCUGUUCUCAAAUGUUCGAAAGGCUGAUGGUGGUGGUAGACGCUGGUCUGUGGCUUCACUCACUUCGUCCGGUUAUGGAACACAUACACCAUGUUCCUCUUCUUAUUCUUCUUUGACGUCAUCCCAUGAAAAACUGCAUCAGUGGGGUCAAAUGUAUCCUGAUGAGUUUAACUACCUAGGUUUCAGUGCUGAAAGUGACCAGGAAGAAGAUGGUGGAUGGAGAUCACCCAAACCUAGACAACGAUCAAGAAGUCUCAGUCCUCCAAGGUCAUUUGCAGCUCAAGAAGAUGAUUUACUGUUAUUGAACAACUUAUAUAAAGAAAGGUUUCCAAAGGCUGUUCAACAAAUGGAAGAAAAAUUAAAUGAAUUCAUUGAUAACUAUACCAGUGAAACGUAUGGUAGUAUGUUUGGCUGUGAUGGAGUCUUAAACUUUGUAUGGCAUCAAGUAGUUGAAAUAGCCAGAAAUGUCCUCAAACAAUCUCAAGACAACUCUCUUACUAGCAGAUAUUUUUAUGAACUAUCAGAAAACAUGGAUAGAUUGAUCUUUGAGUCUAAGGAAAAGACUGAUAUAGACUUGACUCCUAUAAUAACCAUCAUGAGAAAGUUGCUUAUAAUUGUAUCCAGGCCAGCAAGAUUAUUGGAAUGUUUGGAAUUCAAGCCUGGGGAGUUCUACAACAUGCUAGAAAAUGAGAGUAGAGAAAUUGAGAGCAUUAAAGAUGAUUUAGACAUUACCAAAUAUGUCAAAGCGCAUCUUGGGAUUCCUGACAGUAGUGAACUCCCCCCUGAACAACUCGAUACUGAAGAAGGCCUACCAUCUCAAGCUGCACCCGUUGCUGCACCAACAGAGGAUGAUUUUGAUUAUAUCAAGCUUAUAAGUAAUGGGGCGUAUGGAGCUGUAUAUCUUGUCAAGCAUAAAGCUUCUCAGAUUCGUUUUGCCAUGAAGAAGAUCAGUAAGCAUGUCAUGAUGUUGAAGAACCAAGUGGAACAAGUCUUCGCUGAACGAGACAUCUUAACAUUUGCUGAAAACCCAUUUGUUGUAGGGCUAUGGUGUUGUUUUGAAACCAAGAAACAUCUAUGUAUGGUGAUGGAAUACGUUGAAGGUGGAGAUUGUGCUUCCCUGUUAAAGAAUAUUGGUACUCUACCAGUAGAUCUAGCAAGCAUGUAUUUUGCUGAGACAGUACUCGCUGUAGAGUAUCUACAUAGUUAUGGCAUUGUACACAGAGACGUCAAACCAGACAAUUUACUGAUAACUUCCCUUGGCCACAUCAAACUCACGGACUUUGGUUUAUCUAAAAUAGGACUUAUGAACUCAACCACGCGGAUGUAUGAACAUUCCAUGGACCACGACAUUCAUCAAUUUACAGACCAGCAGGUGUUUGGUACCCCAGACUACCUAGCACCCGAAGUCAUCCUUCGACAAGGUUAUGGUCGGGCGGUGGACUGGUGGUCUAUGGGCAUUAUUUUGUAUGAGUUUCUUGUUGGUGUACCGCCGUUCUAUGGGGAGACCCCUGAGGAGCUUUUUGCAAACACACUGAGUGGUGAGAUUGACUGGCCAGAAGGCGAAGAUACCAUCCCAGAAGACGCUCAAGACUUGAUAAAGAGAUUUCUUGAACAAGACCCUACUGUCAGACUUGGAACUGUCGGUGCUAUAGAGGUAAAGGAACAUCGAUUCUUCGAGGGUGUUAACUGGACAGCAUUACUAAGACAAAAAGCCGAGUUUAUACCACAAUUAGAAGGCGAGGAUGAUACAAGCUACUUUGAUACUCGAUCUGAUCGCUACAACCACAGUUUCGAAACAGACGAUGACGAGGAAGACUAUGAUGACAUCCCUGACUUCAACCACUUCUCAACCUGCUCCCCCCGGUACUCGAGAAUCCUAGCUUCUCCCGUCCCUCCCCCCUCGCCUGACUCUGUCAGCCCCAGGGGGAUGCACCAGACACUUAAAGGAGAAUCUCCACCGUUUGAACGUAAGAGAUCUGACAGCUCGCCGCCAAUGGUAAGACGGCAUCGGUUAACCGAAGAUAUGGAUGCUGGAGCUGGUUACGAGGAAGUUUCUUUGCGAAGAUUACGACCACGUAGUGAAAGUAGCUCAGAUGCGGAAUGUGGUAGACAUGCUGUGUCGCCUUUAGCCUUUGAUACACCCCCGGCACACACAAGUUCUCCAGAAUCUCCCCCUACCCCACCCACCGUCAGGUUACGUAAGAAAGCCACAGGAACAAGAUUCACUCCUUUACUAACGACGAUGUCUAUGGACGGCACAAACGCAGACAAUCGUCACGAAAUAUCUCCCAAGGAACACAGGCCCGUAGAGCUAAGAGUAGCGUUACAUCGUACACAAUCUCUACCGCCACGAUCGAAACCUAUACCUAAACUAGAAUUACCAAAUAGCGAUUUGAUUGCAGCAUCAGACAGCCCACCAACAUCCCCACGGUACGAUUCUACGCCCCCUGCGUCCCCCCGGAGACGACGUACUAGUACGUUAUCAAUGUGUCUACGACCACCUAUUAUGAUUGAGAAGGGACCUCGUGGAUAUGGAUUUACUCUCCAAGCUAUUCGUGUUUACUAUGGAGAUACAAACUACUUCACAGUGCAUCACCUUGUCUCGGGUGUUGAUCAUGGUAGUGCCGCCUUUGAAGCAGGGCUUCGUCCAGGCGAUCUCCUAACACAUGUUAAUGACGAGUCCGUAACGGGUCUCACUCAUCGUCAAGUCGUUGAACUAGUGCUUGGAGGGGGUAAUAAAGUCAAGCUUAACGCUACAGAACUCUCCAAGACAUCUAUCAAAACUGGAGGUCGCCGACGGCUCCCAUCCGCCAUUAAACGAGUGCGAAAACGGACAAGAAGAACUAGAAAAAACACGUCCUCACCGACCAACCUUCCCUCAACACCCGAGGUUGAGAAAACCCCCAAACACCGACCAUUUUGGAAACGUUUUGGACGACGUCGUAGUCACACAGCAGGUUUAAGGAGAAGCAGUUCUUUAAAAAAGAUGGCAUCUAUAGAAGGUAAAGUUGCUCGACCAAUUUCGCCAAAACUCGCCUCGCCGUCGUUUGAUUUUCGGAACGUAUCGGAUAAUUCUUCGUCGUCAUCUUUGAGUAGUGGACCUUCGUCACCAAGCUCUCCGACGGCUCUGUCAUUAGGAAGGCCAGCGUCUUUACAUGGAUUGUUACCAAAACUGCGCACAAACCAUUCUCCACGGCGAAAAUCAUCAACACAUGUGCCCGUGUCCCCCCUGGCAAGGACACCCUCCCCUACAUCUACCCAUCCUCCUCGGAGUUCAUCUCCGUUAACACUGCGAAGAGCUUCCAAUUCACCACAGUUUACAACAAUAAGUCAGUCGACUGUACCGCGGCCAGGGUCGCCCCUUCUACGGCGCGCGCUCUCGCCUGAGCUGUUACUUGGAAAUCCUCUACAGAAAAUUGAGACCAAACCCGAGAAUCGAAGUGGAACUUCUGAUAACAGCUCUCCCUCGGAAUCGCCUUCAUCAAAGGACGAUGACAAGUAAUAUUUGCCUGUUUACAAAUCGUCUUCAGUGUGUACGUGAUUUUAUUUAAUUUGAUUCCUUGAUUUCUUCUGGAAAAUCAGUGGUUCUUUCAGUAAAAAUAAUUAUAGUCGAAAAAAAAAUGUCAAAGUGACUCUAAUUUUCCAUGAAAAUAAUAAAGAAAAUGAAAAGAUGAACUGAACAAGAGUAAAGUUUUAAGAAGACUGAUCGGUUUAUGAAAAGGAAACAAUGUCUCCUUUAUAUUGAGAUUCAGUCUACCUCGCGCAAGACAUUCCGUCUAUAUUUUUGGCACUUUCGGUUUUAUUCGAGAAACUUGGAGUUUUCUCUCUUUAGUUAGGCCUUGUUUGCUGACGAAGUGACCAGCCAAGUCCAUCGUAAGCAAUUCAACUUCCUACCAAAACAUGAAAAAAAAAAGGAAUUUGAUGGAUAAAACGCACACGUACUGAUGACGAUUGUUAAAGACCCAUUUUCACCCGAGAACCUUUGCGAUCGUUUGCUUUGUUUUUAAAAAAAGGUUUUGUGGUAGAACGUUACUUUUCGGUUGGUUCAAAAUUCAAGAUGGCGUUUUUUCGUAUGUGACGAAUCGCGCAAAGGUUCUCGGUUGAACGUGGAUCUUUAAUGGUAAAUUAUAAUUAUUAGAAGUGAGUCCAAUAUCUAUCGUAUUACUUUAAAAAGAGUGCUGUUCAAGCAUCCUAAGUAAGUUAUGGCACUGAUAUUGGUAUCCUUACAUUAUAUUUGAUGUGUUUUCAAGUAAACGUGAAUUACUUACGUCUCUCAUCAAACUCAUGGCAAAUGUUAAAAUCAUAAUAAUUAAUUUCUUCAAAAUCUCCGGCAGACAAUUCCCAAACCAUCAAUUGGCAUGUGUUGUGAAACUGGGGUUUUCGAGCUUUUUUCCUUGAAUUGUCAACUCUCUCUGUUGGUUUCCUUGGCAUAAUAUGCAGGGGAAAUACUUGAUGUGAAUUAAAGUAAGGCUUCAAUUCUAUUCAAUAGGAAAUGUGAAUCGACGCCAUUUUGUGCAGAAAAGCAUUAUGGGAGUUGUAGUCCUCACAUUUUCUUCAGGUCCGCAAAAACAGUCCUUUUAAGCCGUUUAUUAUCUAUGGAAAUAACUAACUAAAUAAUUCAUACAUGAAAUAUAAAGAAGAGAACGCUGUGCCGUUUCCACAAAGAGAAUAAAAAAAGCGACUUAGGAAGCGGGUUUUUUACGGUGCACUUGAAAGUGCGAGGACUGCAACUACCAUCAUGCUUUGCUGUACAAAAAGGCGUCGUUGCACAUUGUGAUAUUAAUUCCAAAUAAAUUAGGAAAAUGAAAUAUAGAUAAGGAUAUAUGUAAUAUUAAAUACAAUAAUUGUUCGUUAAAUAAUUAGCAAUACUUGGAUUAUUAGUCACAGUAUACAUGAUAGAACGUUUGAUCAUUGAUAAAUAAUUGUUCGUUUUCAAAAUAUUAACUUCUAUGCAAAGUACUUGCAAAUUUAUCUUAAAUUGAUAGAAUGUUUUAUCGUUGAUUCUUUACAAUAGAUAAUUGUACAUUACAAAUUGAUAAAACGUUUGUGAAAAGAACGUUUGAUCAGUGAUCAUUAAUUCCUUUCAGAUGAAGCGGUCGUUAAUUGAAAGAAAAUUUAAUAAUUGAUCAUUGAUUCCUUUCAGAAUGAUCUAUUCCAAAUUGUGCAACAUUUUUGCACUGUGCAAAGUAUGUCUCUCUGGAACGUUUCAUCGUUAUGGAAUGCAAGCAUCUUCUUUGCGCCUAAUAUCCUAUUGAUAAUAACCAUGAACUGAGACAGUUUUUUCAGAAAAAAUUUCAGAAAAUCAAGUUAAAUAAGGAUUUUUUUAUUAGUAGUAGCCCUGCACAAACAGUAUUCCUUUUUGUCCAAUUAGAAUAGAUUACUCGUCCAGCAAGCUAAAAUUGUUGAUUCGUUUUCUUUCUCUACUUUUUUUUCGUCGUUGAAAUAUACUAGUGCUCAUUACUAGUGCUCAUUAUUCUCAAUAUAUUGAAAGUGUGUUCGUGUGUGA